UAAACUAACCCCCUUUCAUCAAACUGCAUUUUGACAGUUUUUCGUCCAAUCAGAGUGUGCCACGUCACGAGGUCCCUCCCCUUUUUAUCCAAUCAGAGCGCACCGUGGUGGGUAGUCCCGCCCCCCUUUCAACCAAUGAGAUUCUUCUUUUUUUGCAGAUGUCCCGCCCCGAUCCCCCUCCCUAAUUUUUGUGGGUCCGUUCACGCGCAUCUGAGUUCCGAGCGGGGGUCCGUUCACGCGCUUCAACCCCCUUUCUCUCUCUCACCCCCUCACCCCCUGGUCAGGGGCCCCGUGCAAAUUAUCCGGCCUGCGCACGAGGUCGGAUUUCAGGCGGCUAGUGUCAUGCCGUUCCGGUCUUAAACUUUAGCUAAUAUUUAAUACAUCUUAGAUAAAUUUGGAUUAAAGCUAGCUAGCAAAAAUUCCCCAAUUGGAAGAGUUUAGCAAAAAAAAAAAAAAAAAAAAACCCAGUGCUUAGCAUCGGUUAGGUUAGUCUCGCUAUUUAUAUUUAGCCAAGUUUUACCAACAAGCAUACAUUUAAUGCACAAUGUACAAAUUAUUUAUGUGUUACUGCUGUGUAUAAGUGAUUUAUUUGAAGCUAGUCAGAGUUGAUGGUCGUAGCGAUGAACUUUUUUUCCCCUUUCUCCCUGUAUCGUGCGAUUUCGGAUCUUUUAUUAAUACUUUAUUUAUUUAUUUUUGCAACAUAAACGGAAUCUCUGUUAUAUGCAAAAAAAAAUAGAUUUUAUUUCGAGCAUCACAUUUUAUUCUGUUUCCCAGCGCGAUCCUCAUAUUCUGAAAAUAUAUUUUAAAAUUAUAUUUUAAUUCAUGUACCAGGAUUCAUUCAUUCUGAUUCUCUGCGGCCGCAGAGCACGUGUUGACUGAGCAGUCGUGACAGUCUACCCCUCCACCCUCUAAAGAGAUGAUAUGAUGCGCCAGGUGUAUAUGGUUGCUCGAGAACUUGUGACAGGUGUAUCGGUGGGAAAAGAACUUUAGGGUAUAUAAGAAACGAGACGGACUAACAUUUUCCAUGAAGAAAUUCGGGGAUCGACAUGAUGGCUCAUGCUUUAAAAGUUCAAGCUGAAAUUCACCAGGUGCCUGAGUAUCAUGUUACAGCGGAAGAACUAGAGGGUAUUAGCCUCACUCAGACAGACCCAGAUUUUACACGGGGAAUUAAUCCUGAUGAGUUUGCGAGAGGAUCGGGAAGCGACAGUCUCGCGGACGAUUUGGAUUUGAUUCUAACAGGGGCCUCGCCAGCGAUCUCGCGAGAUCGUCGCGUUCCCUCCUCUCCUCCGAGAAGCGGAAAUGGCGUAAUAGAAAUAUCAACAACUCCGAGACCGGCGAGGCCGCAAUUCGCGAGCGUGACACCAGUUUUAAAAGUCUGUGAUGCGCCUCGGCGAGCGAAGAGACGGAGAUUAGUCAGUAAGACAGCGUCUCUAGUGAAGCGAUUAUUUACAGAUUCAGUCGAAUCACCCGCGUGUUCAACCAGGGAAGGGGGUUGUGGAUCUCAAAGCGUGAUUAACGAGACCGAAGCGGAGACCGAAUCGGAUAACGGCCCAGAACCGAAUCAGGAAGCAGAGCGAAGUCGGAGAGAGCGCCAGAGUCCCACUAGACCCCUGUUUAAGCGCAGGUUUCCUCAGGCUGACCCCGCCGCCAGCGUCUCUAACCAGGAAGCGAGACCUGAACGGGCCCGUCGGUUGAGAAUAGCGCCACCUCUCCGCCAGCGCCGUGACAGCGGAAUCUUGCGACUCGCUGAAAUAACUAGCGAUUUGAUUCGCGACCUGAUUCGUGACUACAGCGCCACGUUUUCUAACGCGUGUGAAAAAGGUUUUGUGUGAAAGGUUUGAAUGCAUGUCCGUGUCGAGCUAUAUUUUGAUGUUGUGAAUUCAUGUUUUCGAAUGUAUGUUAGCAUCAGGGAAAUAUUUCUGACAUUGUGAAUGCUGGGUUAUAGAUAGGGGAAAAUUAUAUAAUAAAAGUGUGCAAGAAAAAUAAAAAAAAAUCAUUUAACCCUGAGGUGUGACGUUUUAUUUAGACCCCUCGUUAAAAGUAAAACCAUACGAGAUAAACCAAAAAACAUAACACUAUAAAACACUAUAAAUAUAAACACUAUAAAUAUA